AUGACCCUGAUGUUACCCUGUUCCCUCAGUGCUCACCCCGCUCUCCUGCCCCCACCCCCUUCCCUGAGAGCCCCUCUGCCCCCCUCCUCCGUCCCCUCGGCCUCCAGCGCCGUGUGGCAGUCCUUCUCGCCCCGCACCGAGUUCCAGACCAAGAAGUUCCACUACGGCAGCUUCCCGGCGGACUUCCUGUGGGGGGUCCAGUCCUCGGCCUAUCAGGUGGAAGGGGGCUGGGACGCUGACGGGAAGGGGGCCUCAGUUUGGGACACCUUCACGCAGAGGAACUCGUCUGGGAUCCCGGAGAAGGCGACCGGGAACGUGGCCUGUGACAGCUACAACAGACUGGACCAGGACCUGGAGCUGAUCCAGGCCUCGGGGGUCUCAGCGUACAGCUUCUCUCUGUCCUGGGCCAGACUCUUCCCCCGCGGGGACGGAGACCACAACCCUGCUGGAGUGCAGUAUUACAAUUCCCUGGUGGACGGGCUGCUGAGGCUGAAGGUGGUGCCGGUGGUUAGCCUGCAUCACUGGGACCUGCCUCAGUCGCUGCAGGACCAUGGGGGCUGGAGAAACCGCUCCAUGGUCCAUCUCUUCACCCGCUACGCAGACUUCUGCUACCGCACCUUUGGAGACCGCGUCAAGCUCUGGAUCACCAUCAACGACCCCCUCAGCCUGGCCUGGAGAGGCUACGGGACCGGGGAGUUCCCACCUGGUGUGAAGGACCCUGGUGUGACCCCGUACCAUGUGGCCCACACUCUGCUCCUCGCCCACGCUGGUGCAUACCAUGCCUACACACCGUACCGCGUGUCUCAGGGCGGGUCGGUGAGUAUCGCUCUGAGGGGAGACUGGUAUGAGCCCCUGGACCUCACUGUCCCCCGGGAGCUGGAGGCUGCAGACAGAGGCAUGCAGUUCACUCUGGGCUGGUUCGCUCACCCCAUCUUUAGAAACGGAGAUUACCCGGAGGCCAUGAAGGAGGCUGUGGGCAACAAGAGCGAGCUGCAGAGGCUGAAGGAGACCCGUCUGCCCGUGUUCUCGGAGCAGGAGAUGCUCCAGGUCCGCGGUUCGGCUGACGUCUUCUGUCUGAUUCACCAAACCACAAGAAUCGCUAAGUACUCGACUCAGCGGCUGAAACCGGCCUCCUACCUGUACGACCGCGACCUGACUGAGGCCGAGCUCACGGACUACCCUCAGACCGAAGUCCCAGGGCAGAGGGCCGUGUCCUGGGGCCUCAGGCGGGUCCUGGCCUGGGUCCGGGACGAGUACGGAGACCCAGAGGUUUACGUCACAGAGAACGGAGUGAGCACCAAGAGAGACGAGGGAGACGAGGACACAGAGCGAGUGUUCUUCAUCCAGACCUACAUCAACGAGGCCCUCAAAGCUCAGAGCCUGGAUGGGGUGAAGUUGCGUGGGUACCUGGGAGCUCCUCUCAUGGACUCCUUUGAGUGGCUGCAGGGGUACAUCGUGGGUCAAGGUUUGCACCAAGUGGACUUCACCAAACCAGAAAGGCCGAGGACCAUGAAGACCUCAGCACACGCCUACCGCACCAUUGUCCAGAACAAUGGCUUUCCACCUGGUAGAGACCAGACCCCGAUCUACGGGUUCUUCAGAGAGGACAUGAUGUGGAGCACCGCCACAGCCUCCUACCAGAUAGAGGGCGCCUGGCGAGCGGACGGUAAGGGCCUCAGUAUCUGGGACACGUUCGCUCAUACUCCGCUGCGUGUUUCGGACGAUGACACCGGAGACGUGGCGUGUGACAGUUACCAUAGAUACGAGGAGGACGUUCGAAUGCUGAAGGAGCUCGGGGUGGGAUUCUACCGCUUCUCCAUCGCCUGGUCCAGAGUCCUGCCCGACGGCACAACAGCACACGUCAACGAGCCGGGGCUGCAGUACUACGAGAGGCUGGUGGACGCGCUGCUGCGGGAGGGCAUCAAGCCACAGGUGACCCUGUACCACUGGGACCUGCCUCAGUCCCUGCAGGAUGUUGGGGGGUGGGAGAACGUGACUGUGGUGCAGCGUUUCACAGAGUACGCAGACCUCAUGUUCUCACGACUCGGGGACAAAGUCAAGUUCUGGAUCACCAUCAACGAGCCCUACAUCAUCUCCAAUGUAGGGCACGGGUACGGGGCCGCAGCUCCAGGGAUCUCGUUCCGUCCCGGGACACUGCCGUACAUCGUGGGUCAUCACCUGCUGAAGUCUCACGCUGAGGCCUGGCACCUGUACGACCAGAAGUACCGACCCACUCAGAAGGGACAGAUCUCCAUCACCCUCAACUCAGACUGGGCUGAACCCAGGAACCCGUCCAAACAGGAGGACCACGACGCCGCCCGCAGGAUGGUGGAGUUCCAGCUCGGGUGGUUCGCUCAUCCUGUGUUUGUGGGCGACUACAGCCCCCUCAUGAAGACCAUCAUCGGCAACCGCAGCCUCGCCGCGGGACUACCCAAGUCCAGGUUGCCUGAGUUCACCCCAGAGGAGAUCAUUCGGAUCAGAGGGACUCAUGAUUACUUUGGCUUUAACCACUACACGACCAAACGGGCCUAUCCCCUGGAGUACGGCAACCUGCAGCACUAUGACGGAGACCGGUCGGCGGGGACCUUGGUGGACCGGGCCUGGCUGGACUCAGGCUCUGGUUGGCUCAAAGUGACUCCGUUCGGGUUCAGGAGGAUCCUAAACUUCAUCAAAGAGAACUACGGAGAUCCUCCUGUGGUCGUGACGGAGAACGGAGUGAGUCAGAGAGAGUUCAACAUGAACGACGAGCUGCGGCAGCACUACUACCAAGAGUACACCAACCAGCUGCUCAAAGGACAACCUGUUGAUUGUCUGGAGCAGAGGCUGCUUCAGUUUGGUGCAAACAGUUCCAGCCAAAGGCUUCAUCAGAGCGGACAGGAGCGAGUGCAGCUGCAGGAGGGCGAGCAGUACGUGGUCCUGGACAGUGGAGGAGGAACCAUCGACAUUACAGAUCAUGAAGUCCUUGAAGGGGAGCCUUCAAGAGCUGCAACAAAGCAUCAGGACACAACAAGGCGGCGAAGAGUGACACAGAGGUAUAACCAGUGUCUGAGAGAGUUCUUCUGUGGCGGUUGUGGGGAAGCUACGAGAGAGAGUUUCCAAGAGGCUCGCGAACCUCAGGAGGCCAUUAGAAGGGAGCUGUGGUGUUCGCACGAGACCAGGCGGUCAUCGCUCUGCAAGAGCGCAUUCACGUACGGCUACAUCAGCUGCGCAGAGUGUCUAUCCAGCGUCGUAUCAGAGUCGUAUCAGAGUCGUAUCGAGUCAUAUCAGAGUGUAUCCGAGCGUAGUAUCAGCGUCGAACAGACGGCCCCAUGCCGAGGCUUGGACUUAGGAACCAGACAGCCCCCUGACGAGGCUCUGGUGUUAGGAACCAGACAGCCCCACUUGACCGAGGCUCUGGACCUAGGAACAGACAGCCCCUCUGACCGAGGCUCUGGAUAUCGGACCCAGACAGCCCCACUGACGAGGCUCUGGACUUAG